GAGGAGGAUAAUGGCGGCGGCCGCGGCGCUGCGGGCCUGGUUCUGGAACGAGCGGUUCUGGCUGCCGCACAACGUGACGUGGGCGGACCUGGCAGGGGAAGCCGGCCCGCCGGGGAGCGGGCUGCAGUACCCGCGGGCGGGACACGUUCUCUCCGCCUUCCCGCUGGCGCUCGGGAUCUUCGCCGUGCGGUUGCUGUUCGAGAGGUUUAUUGCCAAGCCAUGUGCCAUAAACCUUGGCAUUCAGGACAGUGGACCUCACAGAGCCCAGCCCAAUGCAAUUUUAGAGAAGGUGUUUACAUCCAUCACUAAGUCUCCAGAUGGAAAAAGGUUAGAAGGCUUGUCAAAGCAGCUAGACUGGGAUGUGCGAAAGAUCCAGCGCUGGUUUCGUCACCGGAGGAACCAGGACAAACCCACCACCCUCACAAAAUUUUGUGAGAGCAUGUGGAGAUUUACAUUUUAUUUAAGUAUAUUUUUUUAUGGAAUCAGGUUUCUCUGGACGGCACCCUGGUUUUGGGACACACGACAGUGCUGGUACAACUACCCUUUUCAGCCUCUAACAUCCAGGCUUUAUUAUUACUAUAUUUUGGAGCUGGCCUUUUAUUGGUCUCUCAUGUUUUCUCAGUUUACAGACAUUAAACGGAAGGACUUUCUGAUCAUGUUUGUCCAUCAUUUGGCUACAAUUGGACUCAUCACGUUCUCUUACAUGAAUAAUAUGGUGCGGGUUGGAACUCUGGUGCUGUGUCUCCAUGAUGCAUCAGAUUUCCUUUUAGAGGCUGCAAAGCUAGCUAAUUAUGCCAAGUACCAACGUCUCUGUGAUGCUUUCUUCAUGCUCUUUGGUGUCGUGUUCAUCGUUACACGGUUGGGCAUUUAUCCUUUCUGGAUUUUGAACACAACCCUGUUUGAAAGCUGGGAGCUGAUCGGUCCUUACCCUUCCUGGUGGCUCUUCAAUGGGCUCCUGAUCACCCUGCAGAUCUUGCACAUCAUCUGGUCCUAUCUUAUCGUCCGCACUGCCUCCAAGGCCCUGGUGAGGGGAAAGAUUGGAGCUGGACAGUUUCAUCCUUUGCAUGUGUCCAAGGAUGACCGCAGUGACGUGGAGAGCAGCUCUGAGGAGGAGGAGGUGACUCCCCACAGCACAAAAGGAGUUCUCAGCACUUCCAGCAACGGUUCCAACCGCAUCAACGGCCACGUGGGCAGUGGGCAGUGGACAGAAGAGGAGUAGUAAGGCUGCCAGGUGGCCUUGAGCAAACACAGACUUGUCUUCAGAUAUCCUAGGUGUGUUGAGCUCCACAUUCCCAAGUGAUCUUUAAAUCAAGAGACCCCUUCCCCAGAAACCUCCAGCAAAUCUGAAAUGGGCACGAUCCGGACCAGUCCAAGAGGCUUUGCACGACUGAAGGGAUGAAGCCAAAUGAGCAGGGCAGAAACCAAGCUGCAGAUCUCACUUGAAGCCGUUUUGUACUUUCAAUCUUAGCCCCGUCGAUCUUUUGCAGAGGUAUCUUUGUGACAAACUGGUUUUUACUGGGAUCAACUCAAGGUGGAACAGGUUGGGGCUGGGCUGGCGGGGCCGGUUUGGUGCGGGGCAGGGUCAGCAGGUCUCCUUGAUGCACUCCAGAAGCCACUGAAGAGCAGGGAGAACACAGGUCCCCAUGGUUCCACCUCCCAGCUGCUCUGGCAGCAGCAGAGACUCCUCCUCCCAGUCCUGCUGGGAGUGCUCUGGGCUGGGCCAGCCUUGGAACUGGACUGUGCUACAACAGGGACCUUGUUCCCACCUCCCCGGGUGCUACGUGCUCAGGAGGUCACAGCUUCUAUCUCUGCUGCCACGAGGGACCAGGCCAGUGUCUGCUGCCUCUUUUGGUGCUCCAAGCCCCUCUGAAGUCUUCAAUCUUCUGAAAUGGGGGAGGGGGGGUUGUUUAUUGCCCCUGAGACAACUAUCACAAUACAAGCCUUUUAAAUUGGUCUUCUUUCUGUUGCCAUUUCUGGUUUUGAAGCUGUUUCUAGACCUCCAGGCUAUGGCUGAGCUAGGAGCUGAGGGCAGAGCAGGGCUGCAUUUAUCUUGCCAGACAAUGUUUCAGUCCUACUUGUUGGUAUCUGGAGAGAGAAGUGGAAGGUGCUGCUCUGGUUUUGAGCAGAGGAUUCAGGGGCUGGAAGAGCAGCCACACCCUGGGGCUUCUUUGUUGUUGUGUGUUUAUUUUUUUUUAACUCGAUGGUACUUAGGGGCAAUAACAAGACCCGCGUGUCAAUCAUGAGCAGAAUUUUGGAAACUUCUUGAGUUGUUACCAUUUUAUACCAUUGUUUACUCUUCUCUCCGAUUAAAAGAUGCUUCAGAAA